UUUCUAACCGCAAAGGGCUGUGGAAAUUUUCAUCAUCUGGAUUAAACAUUUGGUUUCUCGGAUGAGUUUUAUUUAUCGUAUAGAGAUGGAUCCGUCGAUGUCUUCGAUCGCUUGUGCAUAGCUCUCGCCUCCAAAGCCAUCUCAGAAUCGUCUGUGCCAUGAGUGUGUUUACAGGAGUUAUGGCGUCCACCGCAGUGUUUAUUGUUUUUCUUAUAAUGAUAAACUAUUUAACGUUGGCGGAGAAAAAGGAGUACAAAUUGGGUCUUCUCAUACCAUAUUCUACGGUGAUUCCACAUUUCGAACACGACUUUAAUAAAGGAGAAUCUUUCGCAGCGGCUAUGACAAUCGCGGUGGAGAGAUUAAAUGCAGAUCCAACGAUUUUGGCCGAUUAUAAUGUUACAUUUGUAUGGAAAGACACCAAGUGCGAUGAAUUGAUUGCUGUCUACGAGCAGUUAAAUCAAAUUAAUUCUGGAGUUCAAGCGUUCAUAGGGCCUGGAUGUAAUUGUCAAACUGCUGCCAGGAACGCGGCGGCUUUCAACAUGUCCAUAAUCUCGUUUGUAAGUAUCAUGUCUUCUCAUGUUCUGAAUUUUAUGAUAUUUUCAUUAUGUUUUAUUGUGAUGUUUUGUCUUGAGUUUUGUAAUUUUAUAUAAGUUUGUUAUUAUGCGCUUUUCUAGAGAAAUCACGUAGACCUCCUCUCGUAAGGGAAUCACUAGUUUGUCAGUUGGCUUCGAGUCAGUUUCUAACUGAUUUUAGUUUACCAGCUGCCUCUUCGCCCUUAACGUUCGUAUUCAAAACAUCGCUAAUUGCUCAGUUUUUGUUCUAUUUGAGCUUCCUGAAUAUUUCAUCGUGUUCCGUAAUUCGAAGAAUAGCCCCUUUCAACAGGAUCACUGCAAGCAACUGCCGCUCAAUUUCAUCGUUCAUUCGAUUUAAAGUGAGAUGCACAUUCAAGAUAUGCGGUGAAGUUAACUAAACUUGGCAUGAGAAAGGGCAGUGUCAAUCAUUUUAUCAUGAAAUCCUUCUUUCAUUAAAUCCUCGCAAAACACCACCGCGUCGCAAAGAGUGUCGCAAAUUUGAACUAUUACCAUUUUGAAUUAUUCGUUUACCGGUGCCUCAUUCAAACUCUGUGUGAUUUUAUUGAUAUAAAGUUUACUUCCUCGCUGCGAAGAAAAGAAAUUUUGGCCUCAUUUGUGCAAAUAUAUAUAUUACUCACUUUCUAUUUGACAAUAAGGUUUUAAAAGGGUUUUCGGCUGUCAAUAUUACUUUCAUGCAGAUUUCCGAACCCGCUGUUUUUGAUCUAAACUCCCUUGUUUCAUGCGUUUGUAUUCGUAACGCGUUUGUCUCCAGUUCAAAAGAAACGCCUGAGGUGCUGUGCGUUUCACAUACACUGGUUGCGAACUCAUCCCACUGUUCCAUACCUCUGUUUAAGAUCGCCCUCUUUCGCUUAUGAGGUGUAAACAACUUAAAAGUAAAUGUGAUUUGUGUUUCUGUUGUGAUUCACGUGGCGGUUACUCCGGGUUACGUUUCAGAAGUGGUUUUAUCUGUUUGGCAUUUUCGAGAUGAUACUUCAAGUUGACAAUUUCCUUUUAAGCUGGGAAGUUACACUCAAACAAACGAACAAACAUCCAAAUGCGGGAAGAAGAGAACUUGUUAUUUCCUAUCAUUUCCUCCAUGUACCAUUAAUUUGCUAAAUGGAAAUUCAUGUUAUUUCAAAACGGAGAGAAAAGAUAUGACAUCGUUUAUGUUGAAACUAUUUUUAAGCAGUGAUUCAGCAAAUAUAUUGCUUGGUAUUCUCAGCUCAACACUCAGUUCUUUAAUACUCUUAACUUCAAAAGUUGUUUUGAUUUUUUAGUCCGACAUUUAUUGCUGAGAACAUCAGCAAGAAGCAUUAGUUAUGAAAACAUACUUGUGGUCUUAGCUACUUGAGUUGGAGUCGGAAUGCUCUAAUACCUCUUGAUUUGAAUAGCUUCCCUAUGUUUUCAUGUAGACUUUUAGCCAAGAUUGUUUUCUGGUUGGGCUGAAACAAGGGAAGUGCAUGGUGCUAUAAACUAUACAUAAGUAUUGUGACAUGUGUCUUGCAUUAUGAUUUACUUUUGUUUUAAUUAAAAGUUUUAAAUUCCACUCAGCUGUGUAUUUUUCCAUUUUUUGGAUGAUUCCAGACUGGUUUUCAUCGAACCGGAAAAUGUUGCACUCUACAUUUAUUAUUCCACGCUUGAAAUUUUGGAGGAUGCAAAUUCUGCGCCUAUGUGUAGGUCAAAUCCUUGACAGGAGCUUUGUUUCAAUUGAGGGAGCCAUUUUCUUUCUUUCUUUUUAAAAUUCUUUUGAAUAUUUGUGAGAAAUUUCAAGCUAACAAGAGACACUCUUUCACUCUCUAAAAUUUUGUUACUGAAAUGUUUAAAUCUUGGAUGCUCACAGAUUUGAAUUAAUUUCAGCCGCUUGUCAAGGGUUUGGCACUCCACAUGAGCUUAAAACCAAAUUGAGUAUUUUUGUUGGCUCAAAUUACAAAAUUUUCUUGUUAUUGUGAAGUUUGAAAUUAACUUGAAAUAACUGUGAAAAAAGUCAUGUUGAGUCUUUACAUUAUCAACGCAGUUUUUACAAGCUUGACCAUUUGUGCCAGUCUUGAUGCAAAAUUUAACUCACUGUUGAUAUUCAUUUCAAAAAUGAUUAAUUAUUGAAUAUUGCUGUGUGAGCCUAAAGGAGCUGUGAAGAUCAAUAGAUCCAUCUGGGAAAUUGCUGCCAAAAUUAAAAAUUUAUAACCAGGUUGAAUACGCUAAACCCCACUGGAAGAAACUACUCACUUUUAUUAUUAACGAUAUAAAGACAAUGUGACUUGUUAUGGGCAGAGUGACAAUGCCAAAUUGCUCAAAUUUACAAUGUCUUAGUUUUUGUAUGAAUAGUGGUAUUGCAUUAACCCCCUGCUAAGAAAUUCAGUGAUUCUGUAUAAUAUAAAUACAUCUUUUUUGCCACUAAACAACAUGUGCUGUCUUAAAAUGAAACUUCAUAAGAUUACCAAAUUCAAGGAGCUAAUUUGGUUACUUAGUCUAUUGAACUGUGUUCUUUAUUGUUUGGUGGUUUAAUUUGCAGCUUCUGUUGUGAAUAACUUGUAUAUUAAAUCUCCAAGAGAAUUCAAAAUUAUCUUUGUCUAAAGCUGUGCUUUAUGAGAUCCUUGUUUGGUGAAUUUUGUCAGAGCUUUUUGAAGUACAUGUAUAUCCCAUGAACAGCUGUUGAUAUGAGAGUAAAGCAAAUAGCAAAGUCAGUUUUUUUUUUCAUGAAAAGUGGUUUAACUAGCCUUCAAGGUUUUCAGAAAGAAAUAAAUUAUGUGAGAUCUGAGGACUUCAGAAUUUAAGCCAGUGUUGAUGUAUCAACUACAGUGGUUUUAACUUUAUGAUCAAGUCAUCAUAUGAAGUGAUGACUGUACCUGCUAUCAAAGUGCAUGUGAGUGAUUUCCUUUUAACCUGUUACUUUCAAGAUUGAGGAAAGGACUAUUAAAAUAUUACAGUUAUACAACUUGUUGAUAUAAAAUCUUUGGAUAUUAGCUUUCAUAUAAUAAAAUUUAAAAAUUCUGCUUACCUCACCCCUUAAACCCCAAGAGUGACCAGUAUCUAAUUUUUCCACACAGUACUACUGCUGAAUCAGUCUUUAAGUUUAUGAGAAUAAAGGAAACGAUCACCAUCUUAAGAAGCUUUGAUUAUGAAACCAAUUCUCCCUGUUAGUAUCAAAGGGAAUUUGUACAUAAGAGUUUGGAAAAUAUGGAUACUUAUGUUAGAUUGCAAAUGUUAAUCUUCACUGUUCCUUUAUUACCAAGGGGUAAUUAAAAUAAUAUGAGUUUCUAUGGAGUGUAUCAAAUGAAUAUAUUACCAUUUAGAGAAGGCAUGACACAAAAGAAAAAUAUUAACUUGGGGAUACUGUUUGAUUUUAACGCCACAUUUCAGAGAUAAAAGGAAAAGUUAUAUUUAGCACACAGUGUGAAGAAUGGGUAUUUAGGUCAUAAGAGCAAGAGUUUAACAACUUAACUUAUUAACUCCCAGGAUCUGAUUGUUAAUUCUCCCCUCCAGCUUCUACACAUUUCCUUGUAAAUUAGUUACAAGAAUUUGGUGUGAAAUCAAGAUAACAAAUUCUAUGGGAUAAGUUUGAGUAUUCUCUUUACCUGUUUGCUGGUUAACCCUUUAACUCCCAGAUCAAAUUUGUAAUUCUCCUUACUGUUAACCUUACAAUUCUUGAAAUGUUAGUUCUGAGAAUUUAGUAUUGGAUCAACUAAUUAUCCCUAACUUGAUAUUUUUCUUUAUUCUCAUCACUUACUGGUUGAUAUUGUAUAGAUAUCAUAAGGGAAAAUUCUGUCUUGGUCAUUCAUGGGAGUUGAACGGUUAAUGUAUUAAUUCUGCCUUUUUUUUGUUUUAGAUGUGCAGUGCUGCAGAGCUAUCUAAUAAAAAGAAAUUCCCCACAUUCUCUCGCACUUUUGCUGUUGACAAUCAAGUUGCUCCCAGUAUCAUCAGUCUGUUAAAAUAUACCUACAAUUGGACUAGAGUCGCUAUCAUUGUUCAGAAUACAACAAAAUGGAUGGAUUUGAAAAACUACCUUGUGGAGGAAUUUGAAAAAGAGAGAAUAGAUGUAGCAAUGGAAUACACAACCGUGAACCCCGUGCUUUAUGAAAGAAAACAUGAGGCACAGUUUCGUGAUGCACUGAAGGAGCUCAAGAGUAAAGCACGUAGUAAGUCAUUUGAAUCAUGAUUUGUUAUCUCUGCUUCUGGGUUCCAGAUGUAGCCAGAUCAUACUGUUGUGGGUUUUUGGGGCUUUUUUAGAAUACAGGAAAUGACCACCCACUCCAGAAGCUCUUGAUUGUUGAACAAAUUCUCCUUGUCAAUAACACUGGAAAUUAAGAGAAAACAUGAUGGGGAAUUAUGCAUACUGAUGUUGGUGUGUGAAGGUUAAGGAUAAUGUAGGAAAUAUUACGUUUAUUUCUAUUAUUAUUGGCUCAGUGUCUGAGCAUUGGAGAUACAAAUGUGAUGGGCUGGGUGUUGAUUCCUGUAUGUAAUGUAAACUUUUGACUCAGUUUUUCCUUUUUGUUUUUACCCUCAUGACUAAGCAAAGAACAACUUUCUUCAUUCCACAACCAGGCAAAGAUUUUACUUUCUUUCUUAUUCUGUCUUUCAGUUGUUCUAGUUAUUGGUAGCUACACCAUUAGCCUGGAGACGCUCUACCUUGCAAAGCAGCAGGAAAUGAUCAAUGGAGACUAUGCAUUCAUCUUAUUUGAGUUAGAUCAAUUGACAGUGAAGAGGAACAAUAAGCUAAAGUUCUUUUGGUUCGAGCAGCAAAUUCUUUUAAAAAGGUUGGUAUUUAACUGGCUUUAACUCCCGAGAUCUGAUUGUUAAUUCUCUCCUUUAGUUGUUACACACUUCCUUGUAAAUUAGUUUUGAGAAUUUGAUGUUAGAUCAAGACAACAAGUUCUACCUGAUGAGCUUGAGUACAGUAUUGUCAUUAUUCUCAUUAUUCUCAUAUGGUGAGAACUGUUGGAGGUAAAUUAUGGUUUACUUGUAACACAUAACCCUGUGACUCAUUUUGCCAAAAGCAUGGUUACCACAGAACAAGGAAAAGUUAGGGACUUUCACUUUGACUCAGGGAAAAUUUACAUUUUUGAAAGAAGUCAAGGAAAAGUGAAAUUUCUAGUUAAUAUAAAGUUGUUCAUUUUGUCUUGGCCCUCUUCAUGAUGAAAGAUGGUGAAACUUUCCUUAUUGUAAUGUUGAUGUUACUGGUAUACAUUGUGUAGUACAGUUGACAGAUUCCUGACCGGCAUAUUCUUUCCCUUUGUAAUGCAAGUUCAAGUUGGUUCAUGAAGGAUAAUGAUAAAUUAUUUUAAAUAUAUUGCCUAAAUAAAGGAACUAUCAAUUUAUGUAUGACCAAGAAUUUUUUUUAAUGCGACCAUUUCAUGAUUGAUGUCAAUUGAAGGUGAAUUUUUGAAAAGAUGAGCUUGGAGCCCAGAAAUGGCUAGCUUCCUGAAAAGAUAUCUUGAUAUGAACUAUUUGAGGUAUUCAUCUGUCAGUUGUUCUUGAUGGAAAAAGCUGAGACAAGAUUGUCUGCAUUUCUAUUUCAGAAACAUUAGUAAAAGUGACAUUCCAGAAGCUAUGCAGGCAGCACUUGUUUUGGCGGUGAAGAAUCCACGUGGAAGUGGUUAUGAAAAUUUUGUGACUCAAGUCAAGCUGAAGACAUCAAAGAGUCCUUUCUUCAGUAUGACAUAUAAUAAAUCAAAUUUGGCAUUUGCAAACAGUGUAAGUACAAAUAUAAGCAGAAAUCUUUUUGGAAGAUAUUAAUAAUCAGAGGCAAAAGUACUUGGCGCACUUCCCCUUGAAUAGGGGUUGACAACCCUCCAUUAAACAUAAUAAGCAAAAAUCUUGUAAUUCUUGUCUAAUAAGUUUCUCCACCCACCUCUGCUCCCCUAGGCAGUGUAACCUGGUGGUUACCAAUUUUUGAUGUCUACACCAGAGCCAGGUAACAUUUACAUGGGGGAGAGGGGGAGGGGGGUAAAUGAGUUAUAAAAAAAUUUAAUAGGUAUUAGAGUGUGUGCUAAAACUUUUUUCACUUCCUGUAGGUCUCUUUAAAAAAAAUUGUCAGAAGAGGCUGGAAAUGUAACAAUAUUAUAAUUAUGGUCUGCUUUAUGACAUGAUAAUUGUCAUGUCUUGCUAGGAAGUGCGUAGCAACAUGUGCUAUUUAUAUGAAGUUUUUCUGCUAGACUGACAUCAUAGAAAUGUUAAGAAUAUUAUAGGAUCUAAUUCUUUUGGUCCAUGUCAUAAGUUAUGGUUUUUCCCUCCUGUGGUUUGUUGCUCAUGAGCCUCAUGCUUACAGAGCCUGUGUGUGAAUUUUAUCUUCCUGUGAUAAUAGCAUGAUAUCUCACAUUAGUGAGUGAGGGGAACAAGUGAGAGAUGCUAUCAACACAGGGGCAUAUCCUCAACCCUUUCACCCCUAAGUAUGACUAGCAUCUAGUUUCUCCUUACAAUAUUACCCCUGAAUCACACAUUAGAGUCACAAGAAUAAAGCAAAUGGUCACCAACUAAAAAAAGACUCACGACUGUUAAACAGGUUCACCUUUUCAGCACCUUAGGAAUACUCUAGAGAUCAGUAAGGAGAAUAUGCAUACUGGUGCUAGGGUGUAGAGCUAUCAAGCAAGCAAGCAUGCAGCAUUUUCCUUUUCAUAUAGAGAUGAUUUGAAACAUACAUUUUAAGAGUAGGGAAUGAGCAGUUUAUCUGGUGAAGUGCCACUUCAACUCCUGACAUUUCAGUUAAAAAAUUUCUUUUCAUUGAAAAAAAAAUUUGAUGGUUAUUCUGCUUGUAGGGAGUGAAUGAAUGUUUGAUUUUUUUAUGCAGCCUCCUAUAUAUGCUGGGUACUUGUACAAUGCUGUAUACCAAUUUGGCUUAGCACUGAACAGAUCUCAAGCCCUUCUAGAAUCUGAGGGACAGAAUAGAACCCCUACAGGAGCAGACAUAUCCGCACAGCUUCGGGAUUACACCUUUGAUGGUUAGUAGAAACAGUAGGUGCUGUUAGCUAUUAUCAAAUGACCUGUGUCAGGUCUUCUCAACUGCACAGUGUGUCUUGAGUUGGUCCUGACCUUGAACAAAGUAGUUUCACCUCAAGUACAAACACUGUAUUUCUGUUGGGAGAUACUUUUAGGUUGUAUGGGUUUUAGUGAUGAACUCAAAUGGAGAGGCCAGGGGUAACAUUUUAGCCACCCUAUGGAUGCUCCAGUGUGCUUCUUUACAUCUGUGGAAGUAUAGAGAGGUUUUAGAAAACUGUGAGGAAAAUUCAACAAGUUAUUGACUGGUUACUAGCAGUGAUCAGCAUUCCAUGAAGAGCGAAUUACUCCUUAGCAGAAACACCCCUACUCGCUUUAUGCUGAAUAAAUCAGGAUACACUCUGGCAGAAUGAACUGCUUGGCUUGGACUUUUUUUUUGUUGUUGUUACAUUUGACAAAAGACUGCUCAUUGUUGAUGACUCCAGAACUGCAAAAUUUGUUAUUCAUGUCAGCAUAACAGAGAUCUCUUCCGAGGGGAAUCUUUGCUUAGAGGGAUGUGUCAUUUGAUCUUGUAGUGUGAUCAUCUGGAUGAAAGUGGGUCAGACGGGGGUGGUUGGCCCUAAUAUAGAAACUGAUGUUUCAAGAACCUUAGUGGAAGUCACCAUAGAGUGGCUGCUACAGUAGUAGUAGUCACUAACAACAGUCCUUCUCAGUACUACUCUCACCUGGAUAAUCAGACUACAGGAUUUCCUGUUGCUCCUUGGUUUAAACUUUUGUAUGAUUGAAACAAUGUCUGUAAUGUUUUAAAGUCAAAUUUAACCUGUUUUUCUUUAAUUUGUACUUGUGACAGGCAUUCAGGGUUACAGAAUACAUUUGGAUAACAAUGGGGAUGCACAAUUCAACUUGACUCUGCUAGAUGUCAGAAAAAAUCCACCUCACAGCUUUUUUGCCUAUGGUGAGUUAUAGGCCUAAACUGAAUAUAGCAUGCAUGAACAGGGCGUGAAAUUGGGCCUAAUACAGGGGCCAAUGCGACUAACUUUUUCACUUUGGGGACCAAAUCCUGGAAAUUAGUUGCCAAAUUGGCGACUAGAAUGUUUCAUCAUAACCUUACCAAGAGAUAUAGUGAAUUAAAAAGAUUUGCAAAGAUAAAUCCAUCGCAAACUUCCUUGUUAAGUUUGUUUCCAAAACGCAACAGAUGCAUCUCGAUUGAUAGCUAGACGUCAUCUUGGAAUUAAGUGAGCUGUAAGGUUGUAUAUUGUCCAUCUUAGAGUCCACUUUGUAGCGUGUUAAAGAUCUUUUCCCAGACUUAAUUUUGGAGGGUCUAUCUAGAAUGCUGACAGCUUAAAAGAAGGUUUUGUUUGUCUUUGAAAAUGGCGACCAACUUUUUUUCACUUGGCUACCACUUUGAAGAAUUUAGGAGCCAAGUGGCUAUCAGAAAAAAAAAUUUAUUUCACGCCCUGAUGUAUCAAUUUAUUACUGAAGCGUAUGACAUGUAAGCUAACUGUAGUCUCAAAAAAAAGACAAAGCAGUGUUUACUGGUAUGUUUGUGAGUAUAGAUAUGUGUUGAGCCCAGCUCAGAGUCAUUUUAGCCCAAGCUGCUAGGCAGGGGAUAAAAAGACUUCCUGAAGGGCCCUAAACAGAUUUAUGCUCGAGGACAUAAACUUUAUGUAAUAACUGUAAUUAUAACUCUGGUGUGCAUUGAGAACAUUAAGAACUGAAAAAAAUGACUACAAAAUGGUCUGAAGUGUUACACAAGCUUGUAAGUGGGCUAAAAUACAUUUUAGAUAACAGAAAUCUCUAUUUUAGGUGUCAAAAUGCAGAACAAUGCCCAACAAAGUGAUGAUAAUAGACAGUAACUUCUGUGUAUGAUAUCAGUUGACACAGAAAUAUUUUCCUAAAAUCAAUUCAACAUGAAAUCGUUGUGAUGAUCAACAACAAUUUUGAAAUUGUCUAAUUUAAAAAUAGGAUUGUUUAAUGUGUGCAGAACUCAAGAAAACGUUACUGCUGUCUUUUAGUUAACUUUUGGUUUGCUCAACCAGGAUGUCACCCAUAUUUUUUUCUUAGCUGGUUGCUCCUCUUUCCUCGCCAAUAAUACUCUAUUUUUUUUUCUGACAGAUUUUGUUGAAGUUGGAGAUUUCCAGAUAAAAUAUGGUAAUUUGUCUGGUAACAGGUCUCAGACAGGUUUCCCUCACCUGGUGUUCCGGAAAAACUUAACCAAAGUGUGGGUGGGGGGAAGUAGAAAAGCACCUAAGGACCGUCCCGACUGUGGAUUUGACAAUGAGCUGUGCCCUGAUCCAAAUGGGGAGUCUCCAGGUAAUGUUGAACGUACAAUACUUGUGUUUUAAUUAGUUUUACAUGAUGAGCUGAAUUAUACACACAAUUGGAUUGGUUCCCACUUAUGUUCUAUUGGAGUACAAAUGCACAGAUGACUUCACCAUAAACAAAAUUGUACUUUGUUAUCACAUAAAACAAACAUUGCGUAGAUGUCAUGUUAUCAUAGGUCUGUUCAAUAAUUGGUCAAAGGAGGUGUCAAAAUAUGGUAUGGACAUCAGCGACACAAAUGGCUGCGCCUUGUUUGCCCCUUUUUUGUUCUUAUCACAUUUUAUGUCAUCUGUGAUGUUUACUGUUAGCCCUUUAACAACUAAGAGUGACUGGCAUCUAAUUUCUCCUUACCAGAUCACCCCCUGACUAAAACAUUAAGGUCAUGAGAAUAAGGGAAAUGAUCAACAACUAAAGAAGCUCUUGAUUGUUAAACAAAUUCUCCUUUUCCAUACCUUAAGAAAUGUACAGAGAAAGUAUGGAGAAUAUGCAUACUGAUGUUAGGGUGUAAAGGGUUAAUUGUUGGGUGGUCAUGAAGAAUGCUCAAGCUACUACUCAGAAUUUUCCAGCAAAAUACAUGUGUCAAUGGCCUGAGAUGUUUUCUUUUUAAAUUCAGACAUGAAGACUAUUUUCCAGUUACUUUACACACUCUUCUUUACUUCUUUUAACUCCUAGAAAUGAUCAAUCUGUGACUUCUCCUCAUGGUUUCAAUGCAUUUUCUUUCAAAGAGUUGAUGAGAACAAUGAAACUCAUCAGCCAGAAUUUGCUGUCUUCACAUAAAAUUAUAUAUUUUUUGUUUUUUUUUCAUGGAGGACUAAGCUUAAAAUUUGUCUUUUAUUCUAUUUGCACAUUUUGUCAUAUAUCAGCUCCUGCUAAUUUUUUUUCUUGCUAAUUAAUCGGGAAUUUUUCAACUGUGAUCACCAUUCCAUCCUCAUCUAGACAACAAAAAAGAAAUCAUUGCUGGAGUUUCAUGUGGUCUGGGUUUCCUUGCCAUUCUACUUGUGAUAAAUUUAGUCAGGUAAGUGACAAUGUUUGCGCCUUGUGUGACUGUUGUCAAAAUCAUGUGUGAAAAUAUAAAAAGUUUCAGUGAAAUUAACCCUUUAACUCCCAGAAGUGAUUAAAUGUUCCCUAUAAUAUCGAUACAUUGUCCACCAAACAGGUAAUGAGAAUCAAUAAUCAGGUAGAAGUUUUUAUCUUGAUCUAACGCAAAAUUCUUGUAACUAAUUUACAAGGAAAUGUGUCGUAGCUAGAGGGGAGAAUUAACAAUCAGAUCUUGGGAUUAAAGGGUUAAGGAGUUGAAAGAAGAUUAGAAACUAUAAAAGUAUACGCGUGGUAGAGCUUGCUGUGCAAAAUACAAGAUGGUAGAUUAAGCUUUAUCCUGAUAGGGUUUGCUCUUGAAUGUGUGAGUUAACCAAUUUUACGGAUGUUUUCAAAAUUUUGGCUUGUUCGUGGAGAACUUUGUCAUGGUUUUCCUCUAUGUACUCAUUAUCAGUUAUGCAUGACCAUAAAGGAGACCUUUUUUCUUUACUCCGUUUUGUUUUCUUGUUUUCCAGACAGUACAGGUUGGAAAGAGAACUGAAAAGUAGAUUAUGGAAGAUUGACUAUAAUCAACUGGGCUUUGAGCGAAGAGCAUCAAAUACCUCGUUAGCAAGUGCCAUGGUAUGUUUUUUUGACCCACAAGAAACGCCGAUCAUGUCGGAUAUUAAUGCACCUACAGGCCUUCAAAACUUCUGAAAAGCAAUUUCUGGUUGAAGGGCAGACUCAGACUGAUAUUUUUUCUUUUUUGUAACAGAGAGAGACAAAUGAAGAAGCCAUGCCCCUGUUGAGGGAGGAGAGCAGCGAUGGAAAAAUCACAACUGUAGGAAGCUACAAGGUAAUGUGAACCAUUUGGGACGUAACAGAAACUAAGAGUCAAGUCAAGAAAAACCAAAGCUUUCCCGGAUUCCUCUCUACACUUAAUCGAAAAUAUCUUUACCGAAUUAACGUAAAUUGAUCGAUUUAUAGUGGUAAUAGGACCGACAUGAAGUCCUGUUAUAACUACCAAUUAAUCAAGACUAUGACAAAAUUUGAGAAAGAAACUAGACAUCGGUUACACGUUUUAAUAAAAAAUAAAAUAACAGUUAGCUCGGCGAAAUGCGAGACAACAUCGCCCGCACGUGACGCGUUCUGUCCACUUACACAGGCACGACGUGUUAAUUGUCCCUUUAACUGGUAUAUUACACUGUCCAAUUAAAAGUACGACGCGUACACGUCCUAUUAGUGCUCAUAUCGAUUGGCGAUAACCCAUCGCGUUCGAGAAUUUUGUGUUAGUUUUGAUUAAUCAAGAAACUUUUCUAACUUGCAGGGCAAUAUGGUUACAGUGGCUAAACUUCCUAAAGGUCAUUUAGAUCUGACGAGGAAAGUUCUUUUGGAGCUAAAACAGGUAUUUCGUUUGUUUGACACAGAUAUACUAAAGAACAGAUUGUAAUAUGUAUUGUCUCGUUUAUCAUUUCCUCGGUAGAAUUGACGAAACACGACGCAAUCAUUUCUGAAAUUUAAUGCCUCUGCUAUAAUCACCUUGUACGAGGUGAUUAUAGGAAGACAGGACGGAAUCCUUUACCAAUCAGAGCGCGAGAAUAUCUCUCUAUACAUAUCUAAGCAAUUACUUAACUUUGUUACUUUUGCCGAGAAAGAUUUAGAGCGUUCCGAUUCUGCGUGGAAAGCAGCUUUCUUACUCUAAGGUAUUAUGAGAAUUCCCACGAUGUAAACAUUAUGCAGCUUACCACUAAUCAUCGUUCUGUUUGUUUGGAUUUUUUCGAUAGAUGAGGGAUGUUAGACAUGAUAAUUUGAAUCAAUUCAUCGGUGCUUGUGUAGAGCCAGAAAUUUGCAUCGUAAUGCAAUAUUGUUCUAGAGGAAGUCUACAGGUAAGAAAUAAACCGAAAAACUUAUAAAAGUUAUUUAUUUGACUUAAAAUAAAUAAAUGUUGGACAUUGAGUUUGAUAGAAGGAGUAGUGUUAUUCUACGCAUAAAUAAGACUCUCCAGACAUGAUGUGUCAACUAAUUUUGACGCUGAAGAAAGGGAUAAGUUUCUUAAGAAACUGUGGUGCUGCGUCGGUGGGAGAGUAAAACAGGUAAUUUAGUGUUAACAACUGAGUUGAAAACGUAAAUUGGCCACCGUAAAGAAUUUGAAGGCUGACGUUUCGAGCGUUAGCCCUUCGUCAGAGCGAUUGACGUAGGGCUAUCGCUCCGACGAAGGGCUAACGCUCGAAACUUUAGUCUUUAAACUCUUUACGGUGGCAAUUUACGUUUUCAACUCAGUUGUUAACACUAAAUUACCUAAUUUUGACGCUGAUUGUAGCUAUGGACUCGCUCGCGUGAAAGUCUUUGUAAUUCAGUGGUAGGGCAUUGGAAGAUGAAAUCCGAAGAUGCGAGGUUCUACUCCUCGUGACGCAUUCAGACUUCUUCCCCUGUCCCAAACUUGUUACAAAACAAAUAAUAUUUUCUUUGUUUGUUCCCUGGUAUUUAACUAUUGCCCCAUUCACACCAAAGCUUAAACAUGUUUAAAAGUUGUUUUGUUAAACACAGUUUAAUUUUUUUUUUCUUCAUAGAAACUAUUUAACCGAAUAUUUUUGACUUGAAUGUAGCACAUCGGAAAUGCAAGUUAGCAAGUACUUGAAUCCUAUGGAAAAUCAAGUUUUUCAGUUCUCUGUUUAUAAUUUUCAUUCAAUGAAAACCAGUUUAACAAAACAUGUUUUGCUGGUGUGAAUGGGGUAUAUGAUUUAUGUCUCGUAGGAUAUUUUAGAAAAUGAAGACGUCAAGCUGGAUCACAUGUUUAUAGCUUCCCUUGUGGCGGACAUAGUGAAGGUAGCUAAAUGUCAUCUUUGGAGGAUACUUGUAAGACCGUUGUUGGUCCAUAAGAUCAUAACCCUUUAACCCCUAAGAGUGACUAACAUCUAAUUUCUCCUUACAACGUCACCCCUGAAUCAAACAUUUAUGUCAUGAGAAUAAAGGAGAUGAUCACCUACUAAAGAACCUCUUGAUCGUUGAACAAAUUCUCCUUGUCAGAACCCUAGGAAUCGUCUAGCGAGUAGUAUGGAGAAUAUGCACGCUGAUGUUAGGGAGUAAAGGGUUUACUACGUUAGCUAAAAUUCGAUGAAGUCGAGGGAGACAAGUUCUUUUAUUCGCAAAUUCUAAAUGCACAAUCAUUUCCUUUCAGGGUAUGGCAUACAUGCACAGUACAGAUGUAAAAUCUCACGGUAAUCUCAAGUCUUCUAAUUGUUUGGUGGACAGCCGCUGGGUGUUGAAGAUCACCGACUAUGGUCUCCCUUCUUUUAGAAACAAAUUGAAAAAGAACAGAGAAGACUACGCCUAUUAUCGAGGUGAGAGGAUUCUCAGGGUGUUGAAAGUAUUUUCCAGUAGCCAGUGUCGUACGCUAGUGUUUUACCAGCAUAUUGGGGAUUGUCAAGUUUAUUCUUAUGAAUAAGGUCUUUUGCGGAAAACAAACAAACAAACCUGAAAAACAGGGUGCUUCCACGUCAGGACCUCCUCCUCUUAUUUUACGCCUUGACCUCCCAUGAAAAUUCAAUGUGAAAGUGAAUUAAAAAUCCCUCACCUUGUGAUGAGGGUCAAAUAUUUUGGAGAGGACUAAAACAAGAGAAAAAUGCGGGAAAAAAGCUGUGGAAAGUGUGAAAUAGGCAAUCGAUCUGGUGGAGAAAAUAUUGCUCGUCCAUUUGCAAAAUGUAUUUUUCCUUCCGGAAAAUAGAUCUUAUGAGCGAUAGCAUGCAGUGUUAAGCUUUAUGAAGCCGUGGCUAGCUUGUCUCAUCAUUUCAAGUACAUCCUUGCUUCCUGUCGCGAAACCUCAGGUCGUAAGACCACACCUCAUGUUUUGUCACGACACCUCACGCGCGAUUUGUGACGAUACUUUUGUCACGUGAAAUCAUGUCAUGCCACUUCAUGUCUACUUAUUGUUUCCUACCGAUUUCCAACAAAAAGAUAGAAAUGAAUUGACAUUGAAGGUCCUUUGCAUCCUUCUUUGUAGACUUACUUUGGGUAGCUCCGGAACUGUUACGAAUUCCAAAUCGUUCUUUGAGGGGAACCCAAAAAGGCGAUGUCUAUAGCUUUGCUAUAAUUUUACAAGAGUUCCACACAAGGGAAGGUCCUUACAGUGCAAAUUUCAUGGAACCAAAAGGUUAGUUGGCGCACUGUUGAUCAACGAUGAUAAAAAGCAUCGUUCAUUUGAUCACUGUUUUAACUGCUUGUUAAAAACUCUUUGGUUCAUUUUGCUGGUAGUUAUUCCUUUGAAAUCAUGGUUAAAUUUUCGUAAUUUGCGUUCUUUGUUGCCGUAGACAUUAUCCGUAGAGUAAAGGAUGGUGAGUUCCCACCCUUCCGUCCGACAGUUACAACAUUGAUAACUGGUGUGGAGGAGCUACGGGAACUGAUGAAGCAAUGUUGGAAUGACAACUCGGAAGAGAGACCAGACUUUCACGAGAUUAAAAAGAUCAUGCACAAAGUUCUGGUCAACAACGGCAUGUAAGUUGACCAGAUUUCCAGCAUCUAUAUUUGCCUUGACCAGCCUUCACUUGUGAAGGACGAAAGGGAGGAUUAGAGUCAGUAUUUAGCUGGUCAACUGCUUUUCCUCGCUGCAAUUUUUAUUCCAUGCGAAUUUCGUUUAAUUGGUUUUAUGGUCUUCGUCACAAUAGCCAAUUUUGAGGAGAGGUUUUUGAAUAUAUUCAGAGCUGAACGAUUAGAGGAGGAGAGGAUUAUUGAAUUUAUGAAACUGAAGGAAAGGUUAAAAUUUUGUAAUGUAGCGAAAAUUUCCCUCCCCACCCCCUUUUAUGCCCUGUUGGCGACGACUGAUUCUUACUCCGUUCCCCCUGAAAACCAUUUGAUUUCUCCCUCCCCCCCAAAGAAAUCCUUCACCCCCCGAACAGAUCGCAAGAAGCUUAGAGGGGAAAGCAAAGCUUAGAUCAUUGUAAUCAAACGAUACGUGCCUUUGAUGUUCCCUUAAUAGGAAGACGAAUAUCUUCGAUAACAUUGUUUACAUGAUGGAAAAGUACGCUGAUAACUUGGAGGAGCUUGUAAUGGAAAGAACCGGUCAGCUGAUUGAGGAGAAAAAGAAGACGGAUGCACUUCUGGAAAGAAUGCUACCAAGGUGCGUCAACAUUUGGUAACAGCGGACGAGUGGUGCGCUCUUUUAGAGAUUUCUUGGAUGUAAUAUUUCAGCUAUUAGUAACUUGAGUAACUUAGUCAUGUAGCUAGAGACACAUUCUCGUCUAGCUUUAUUACAUGUCGAAGAACUGAAGGUACAAAAGUACUGAUGCUCGCCCAGUAGCGGAAACAGACGAUGACGUAGGUAUGAUGUUAUGAAGGAUUUGUGGGCGGGUUGAACGGACUGACAUAUUCGUAGUUUUAAGGUUAAGUUUGUCAGAAGUUGUCCUAACAAAUCCAGUAAAGAGUUUGUUCCACAUAAGUACGAUUUUAAUCCAUAAUCAUUGCUGUGCUAGUUAAAACGCAAUAUCUCCGAACCAUGGAAACCUUUAGAGGGGUUUAUCUUGACGUUUAGGUUUCGCGUUUGCUUCUAUAAGAAAAAAUUGGUCCAAAAGGUGGAAUUAGAUAGACAGUUUAACUGUGCGAAGAGGACUGUAAACGAUAAGGUGGACAUGGUACCGAGGCUCGAUUUUAAAACUCAACGAACGCAUGUACAUUCGGCUUGAUUGCGCGAUCUAAGACUUAGGUAAGACUCACGGAAUUUUGCCCCUGGAACUCGAGAAAGGUAACGGACGGAAAAUAGCUAAUGACCAUGAAUCAGUCAGAACCGGAUUUACACUCGUGCUGACGCACAAGAUUAUGUCAGGAAGUUAGGAAGUCAAAUCCAAGAAAAUAUCAGAAACAAAGACAGUCAGCCAGUUUUAAAGAAGUUGCGGAGAUCGACAGACCUAUUCAUAGGAAGGUAAACGUCCUCAAAGACAGUCAGCAAAUUUUAGAGGUUGAAGAGAUGGAUGGACAACUCCAUACUAGGAUAAACGUCUUUGUCAGAGAUUUCUCAGGGUGAGUGUAGCUGGUUUAAGCUGAAUUUGUUAUCACGGUUUUCAUUUUCUGCGUCGAGUUGGACACUACUUGGCUUCGCACUAAUUCCUUUUUUGGUCCCAUUGCAGACCUGUGGCUGAGCAACUCAAGAAGGGCCAAGAGGUAGAAGCAGAGAGUUUCCAUGAAGUGUCAAUCUACUUCAGUGAUAUCGUAGGAUUCACCAGCCUCUCCUCUGAGAGUACACCGAUGCAGGUGCGUUGUUCAUUAGUUGCUCUUGUCCCUCCGGGGACAACCGGCAAUAAACCGUCCCCCUCACUCUUUCCCCUCUCAAACCAGCAUAACCGUAUCUUCCAGGUCAGCGUCAGUAUCCGAGAAAUUAUACAUCUACCUCUCCUUAACCCCAACAUUAACCCUAGUUCGGUAUAGGUUGACUGUUGUUUGGUUAGCUGCGCAGUUGCUCGGAAACUAACAUUUAUCACAACUUCCAGUGAGAUUUCUAAGUCUUUAAUUCAUCUCUCACUGUAGCUCUUGUGGUAUACUUUAAGAUCUCUUGCAGGUACACAAGCUUAAUAAAAUCCUCUCGUGUUCCUUAAAAUACGGCGAAUAAGUCAAGCGUUCAUUGUUUUUUUCGGUGCAUACAGUGCGUGGCUAGGCUAAGCCAGUGUAUUCCUGCUGAUGUAAGUUAAACGGCAUUUUCUUUUAUACAGGUUGUGACUCUGCUCAAUGAUCUAUACACGCUGUUUGAUAACAUCAUUCAGGAGUAUGACGUGUAUAAAGUAAGUGCAUAUGAGAUGUUUGAAAUGUAGGAGUUUUUUUCUCCAGGUUGCUCUUGCAAGUUAGUUUAAAACCCGUUUCUUGUAUUCAGGUGGAGACAAUUGGUGACGCCUACAUGGUUGUAUCAGGCCUGCCCAUCAGAAAUGGCCAUGAGCAUGCUGGUGAGAUAUCCCGGAUGGCACUGCAUCUCGUGGAGGCUGUGCAAACGGAUUUCAAAGUUCGACACCAACCGGAUCAUCAGCUUAAGCUCAGGGUUGGACUUCAUAGCGGUAAAUCGUAAUAUGAUUGUGUUCCAUAACUGAACAAGUCGUACCAGACAAUGUAGACCAUUCAGAGGGCAAAGGGAAAGUUUAAUUAAACCUUAAAUCAGUGUUAAUUUUUUAUCACAGAAUUUCUCCCGUUUCAAAAACAUGAUAUCUUCAUCCAACGACCAUGCAGUGCAACCUUUGGCUGUUAACCCUUUACAUCCUAACAUCAUUAUGCAAGUUCUCCAUACAAUUUUCCAUAUGUUUCGUAAGGUGCCGAAAAGGAGAAUUUGUUUAACGAUCAAGAACCUCUUUAGUUGAUUAUCAUUUCCACUACUCUCGUGACUAAGUUUGUGAUUCAGGGGUGGUAUGGUAAGGAGAAAUUAGACGCUUGUCACUCUAAGAGGUCAAAGGCUGUAUAGUUGACAUGUGAGUUGGAGUGAGUACGAGUCAAUGGUAACUUCUACCCCAUGUGUCACUAGUUAUACUCGUUGCCUUUUCUCGCAGGUCCAGUUGUUGCGGGCGUGGUCGGUAACACUAUGCCCCGUUACUGUUUGUUUGGUGAUACAGUAAACACUGCGUCUAGAAUGGAAUCUAAUGGAGAAGGUCAGUUUCUUCAGUAUUUUCUAUAAUUCCCAAGACACAAUUUAACGGACAAAAAUGACUGUUGUUUUUCUCAAUAUUUUAUGGUGAAUGUCUGUGCCUCUUCCUCCUCUCAAUAUCAUAUGGCGACAACAUUUGAAACUAUUCUGGGGAAGGAUUUCUCAUAAGUUGAGGAGAAUUGGCGAGAACUUCAGUUGUCAAAACUUGUACUGACUGCUGCUUGUCUAUUAUCCAGAGUCUUAGGUUCCUCUGACGUUCCUACAGUCAGGGAAAGCUGUUACUCGCAAUGAAAAAAAUUUCUGUUUAUGAUUAUUUUCUUGAUUCUAGUUAAAUCUAUUGUGAUUCCAGUCAAGUUUAUAAACUCCAGAUUAGCUACUUGAGCCCAUCUUUGUCAGUUUUUCUAGACUUAAUGUUCGGAUUCUGAAAUGUGACACUCACGAAUCUAAAAAUGAUUGCUGAUUUCCAUAUUACAGCUCUUCGUAUUCACAUCAGUGAAGCCACCAAGGGUAUACUCGACGAUCUUGGUGGCUUUGAAGUUCAAGAAAGAGGAGAAGUGUUUUUAAAAGUAAGAAAGCGAGAUGUAAACUUGUCACUAUUAUUUGUUUACUUAAGUGAACAUUGAUCAGCGAACGAAACUCUUUUCGUGAAUUGCAACCACAUUCAUUGAGGGGGGAGGGAGGGGUGGGGGUGGGGGUGGAGGAGAAAAUUCGGAGGAUACGAGAAUCCUCUGUUAAAGAAGUGUACGUCAUGUUGUUUUUAAUAAGUUUAACAUUCUCAGAUAAACUCUUUUAAUUAGGAAAAAGGCUUCUAACAAUAUGUCACUUGGAGAAAUAAACUCCCAAAUGUAAAGAGCGAAACAAGAAACGAGAAAAAACUCCAGGAUUGCGAGGAUUAACAAGGAUUGCAUUUGACGAACUUGGAAAUUUCAGGUUACUUUUUCCAAGUUGGACAAACGAUAAUGUACCUGCUAUAACCCACGAGUGACCGCGUGCGAACGCAGGCGACAGCCGUGAGAGGCGAGUGCUCUUGCCUCUGUGUCUGAAUUCCAUGUUACCAUACUGUGCUGCCUUGCUAAUAUGUGUUGGAAUGUGCUUACCCUAAUAUAUUUUUUUUCCUUUGUUGUCUUUCAGGGCAAGGGCACUUGCAAAACAUAUUGGUUGAUAAGUGCCGUCAAACGCACCAGCAACAAAGUAAAUAAACUUCUUCACCCGAACGGCCAACCCCUCAUGAACUAUCUCAACGCUCCUGGCCAUCAUCUCGGCUCUAACAGCUCUCUAAAUAAUCUUAAAAGAACGGAAUCUUUGCGACGUUCAAUGAAGGCUUCUCCUAACCCCGUGAAAAAAUCUUGGCACAAGGCAGACGACGAAUCGGCAGCGCUGCUUAAUCAGACUUCUGUGUGACCACUGCACGACUUGGAGCGAUUUCUGUGAACGCUUUACAAUUUAGUCAUGGUUCGUGGUCCAAGACAAGAGAGGGUUCGGGAGAUUGUUCGGAAAUCUUCGACAUGUUCUGGUAUUGCUCGAGAAGAAUUCCGAGAGAUUUUUCAGAGGUGCCAAAGAUGUCUCGGAAAUGAAGAGAAUAUUUUGGACUUGUUGGAGGCUCUGAACAUCGGAAAUUUCUCAAAUGUAAUGGUAUUGCUGCCUUUGUUGUCCGUUUGGAUCAUGUAUUUCCAUUUGAUGUUGAUCUACAAAGCUCGAUAUUCGUGCCAAAAAGACUAUAGGCCCCAUUCGCUCACGAAGACCAAAUUAGUCUGUGAAUUUCCAUACGCAUAGUUAAAAUAAUAAAUUAUCUGUGCUGUAAGAAAUCGUUACUUACCACAUCACGAUGCCUAUGAAAUAGAAACUCUGUAUAUAUUUUGAUCUUAGGUACCAGAUUAUUUCACACAGUGUGUUCUUUUGAACCUCGCACCAAGCUUUGCGGUUGUAUAAAUCAUGUGGAGGAGUGGUAACCAUGUAAACAUUUAUGUAUAGCGUCUAAAAUAAGCGAUAUCUGAGGUGUUAAUGUUACUGUAUAGCACUCCAUUAUGAACCUUGUUUAUAGCGCAGCCAUAUCUGCGGCGAACCAGUAUAUAUGAAAGGACAAUUAGAGUUAAGUAAUCAUUUUCACAAGUGAGUUGUGAAGGAGUCAUAUCUACUCGUCAUACUAUACGGUGUCUUGUUAAUAAUAGGAAUAUGUAUAAUUGGAGUUUUUUGUUUAUUUUUUGAAGCCAUUGAGGCGAAUUUUGUUCAUUCGUAAGUAUUCAACGGAUUAUCCAAGCUCCAGUCGUAACUAAAUCUCCCCCAAUAGCUUAUUUUAACCUUCACCUCCAGGAGUGAUUAUUCGAUAAAAUCUCCUUACUUUUCUAACACUGUUAGGCUAAUAGGUAAUGAGAAUUUGGAAAGGUACUGUCGCGAGUGGAAGGGCUACAUCGCGAGAGUUCGAGUCACGUUUUGUGCCAGGUAAAACUACUAUCAGCUGGAAGAACGUCAACAGUAAUAAUUUGUUUAACCUUUAACUCCCAGAAGUGAUAAACAUGUAACUUCUCCCUAUUGUAUACGUACAUUAUUCAGCAAACAGGUAAUGAGAAUACUCAAACUCAUUAGGUAGAAGAUAUUACCUUGAUUGAUCACCAACUUCUCGUAACUAAUUAACAAGGAAAUGUGUAGCAGUUAGAGGGGAGAAUUGACAGUCAGAUCUUGGGAGUCAAAGGGUUAAACAGAACUACAUUAAAGAAGCUUUGAUAGACCAAGAAGAUAUAGGCCUAGUCAGACGUGGAGAAGAUCGUAACUGAUCGACUCCAAGAAAUUCUCUUGAAUUUUUGGGUAUGAUAAAUCUGUGACCAAGUUCAGUUAAGCAUAGCAUCUGAUUUUUACCUUAGACCGAAACUGAACUAAGUCAAAGCAGUCAUAACGCCUUAAGUUGUCGUAAAUGGCAAUAAAACUGUCGUUUGAAAUGAAAUAAGAAGUCGAAUAUUUAUAUCUUUUAUGUUAAAUUUUUAAAUGGACUUAAAAAUGAAUGCACGAUCAGUAUUUGGAAUACACACCUCUUUUCAUAUGGGAAAGGUUAUCUGGUUCACAAGCCGGACGGAACAUGGCGUAGUUUCACCAGCUAUCUCACCGUGCAGACGCAUACGAAAUAACAAAGCUUUUGCCUCUUCUCUCUACCUAAUCUCCACAUUAUAGACCCAUUAUUGUUCGUAUUUUGCUUCGCUAGAAGUUCUCUAUCUAACCUCAGAAGCAGAAUUAGCAAUCUUUAACAAUCGGAGUCUGGUACGCCAAG